GAAGUGCAGGAGUGAUCAGUUGUUUCUCUUGUGCUGUGAUCUAAGCAGUGGCAACAGCACUGGGGAUGUUAGAGCAGAUAAAGGUGGUGGGAAGACUUUGUAUCUGCCUGUGUAGUGUUUUUAUAAAUGAAAAAAAAAAAGUGUGGUGGGAUCUAACUCAUCUAGAAAUUGGAAGUUGAUGAUACAGGAACUAAGGACAGAGCAUGUGCGAGCCACUGCAGUAUAGUUAACACGGGUGGACUGGAGUUCAGGUUAUCUUCUAGGCUUUAGACCCUAUCUCUUAUCUGCCCCGGGUAACCCCAUGAAAGGAGCCAACCAGUCCAGCGUGUCCGAGUUCCUGCUCCUGGGGCUCUCUAGUCUGCCCCAGCAGCAGCAGCAGCUCCUGUUCGUGCUCUUCCUGAGCAUGUACCUGGCCACGGUGCUGGGGAACCUGCUCAUCCUCUUGGCCAUCAGCGUGGACGCCCACCUGCACACGCCCAUGUACUUCUUCCUCAGCAACCUGUCCCUCGUGGACCUCUGCUUCUCCUCCACCACCGUCCCCAAGAUGCUGACCAACCACAUCCUGGGCACUCAGACCAUCUCCUUCUCGGGGUGCCUUGUGCAGAUGUACUUCCUUUUCAUGUUCGUGGACAUGGACAACUUCCUGCUGGCCGUCAUGGCCUACGACCGCUUCGUGGCCAUCUGCCACCCCUUACACUACUCCAGCAAGAUGACGCUGCGGCUGUGCGUCCUGCUGGUGGCCGUGUCGUGGGUCAUUGCCAACCUGGAUGUCCUCUUGCACACCCUGCUGAUGUCUCGGCUCUCGUUCUGUGCGGACAACGCCAUCCCCCACUUCUUCUGCGACGUGACGCCCCUCCUGAAGCUCUCCUGCUCCGACACGUACGUCAAUGAGAUGAUGAUCUUUAUUGAAGCAGGACUGAUAACUAUUGCCCCAUUUUUUUGCAUCCUGGUGUCAUACAUUCUCAUCACCGGCGCAGUCCUGAGAGUCCCGUCCCCCCAGGGGCGCUGGAAGGCCUUCUCCACCUGCAGCUCCCACCUCGCCGUGGUCUUGCUCUUCUAUGGCACCAUCAUAUUUCUGUAUUUCAAUCCUUCUUCCUCACACUCAUCUGACACAGAUAUAGCGGCUGCUGUGAUGUUCACAGUGGUGACCCCCAUGCUGAACCCCUUUAUCUACAGCCUGAGAAACAAAGACAUAAAAGGUGCUCUUGGAAAAGUGGUUGCUGUGAAAUCCUUUUUUACCCAGUAAUGGAAGGGACCAGGAAAAAUAAGGAGGGAGGUGAUUUCUAAAAAAAAAUCUCAUUUUUAAAAAAAUGUAUGAAACUUAAUAUUUGUCUUCUGUAAGAGAAACAAUUCUAUGUUUGAACAAAACUCUUGACACAGACUCUCCAGUUAAAGUAGG